AUACCAGAGCACAUCACUUUCUCCUACUCCAUCACUUUCUCACUUCAAGUAAUAAUCAAAUAGAACUAGAAAAAUUAAAACUCUGCCCAGAAAAAAAUGGCAAUUUUCAUUUACUCAAUGUUCUUCCUUUUCUCAUAUGCAACUGCUUGUGAUCAGUGUGUUCUAUCAAAGGCAGCUGUUUUCUCUAGUGCUUCUACUCUUUCAUCUGGAUCAUGUGGGUAUGGCUCCUUUGCUCUGAAAUUCAAUGGUGGAAAUGUGGCAGCUGGUGUUCCUUCACUUUACAAAGAUGGGGCUGGUUGUGGUGCUUGCUUUCAGAUAAGAUGCAAGAACAGUGCAAUUUGUAGUAAAGCAGGGACUAAAGUGAUAAUGACUGAUGUUAAUAAGAGUAACAACCGCACUGACUUUGUGCUAAGUAGCCGUGCUUUUAAGGCGAUGGCCUUACCUGGCAAGGACCUACAAGUUCUUAAGCUUGGACUUGUUGAUGUUGAGUAUAAGAGGGUCGCUUGCGAUUAUAAGAAUAAAAACUUGUCAAUCCGUGUCGAGGAAAGGAGCAAAAAUCCUGGCUAUUUGGCAAUCAAAAUUCUCUACCAAGGUGGUCAAACAGAGAUUGUUGCAGUUGAUAUAGCUAAGGUUGGGUCAUCAAAUUGGACUUUCAUGAGCCGGAAGUAUGGGGCAGUAUGGGAAACAAACAAGUACCCAGGCCCUGGCCCAUUACAGUUCAGAUUCGUCGUGACGUCGGGCUUUGAUGGCAAAACAAUUUGGGCUGAAAAUGUUCUACCUGGAAACUGGAAGCCCGGAGUCAUAUAUGAUUCUAAGGUUCAAAUUGAUGACAUUGCAUUACAGGGUUGCACCCCUUGUACUGAUAGCCACUGGAAUUAAUUUCUCCUUAGUUAACUCUACCCUCUGUAUAGGACAUAAAAGUUAAAAAAAAAAAAAAAAAGAUAUUUUUGGCCCAAUAGCAGAGUAGGAAUUAUACUUUCCUGUAUUAGUUUCUUACCAAGUAAUAAAAUUAAUUAUUAUUUGCUUCAAUAA